AUGCUAUCGUUAGACUAUAACAACAGAUUCAUUCACGAUAUUCUGACAGAACGGUUUCAAACUGGAAAUCCGUCGUCAAUUGAUCAAGUUGUCACGGAUUUCGACGGAGUGACCUUUCAUAUCUCAACUCCCGAGUCAAAAACGAAAAUAUUAAUUAGUUUGUAUAUGAAAUGCUUCUCCGAACUGGUUAAUUACGGCACUUUGGGUCUACUCAACCAAAUUUACGGCCCUUACGUCCAUAACCCUGUUGAGAGUGGAUACAACUUUAGUAUCGUUAUUGACUUGGAGCAAUUACCUUCUACCCAAGAGGAAAGAGAGCAACUGAUUAUUUCUGCUUCUUUAUUAAAGCGUAACGCCCUCGCAGCUCCAUUCCAUGGUGCCUUUGCUAAGCAAGCCGAGUUGGCCGAAAUCGUAAAGAAAGACCCCGAAAACAUUGUUUUGGUGAACAAGAAGUCAGUUGCUGAAAAUUAUAUGGCUAUCCAUUAUCGUGAUGAGGAAAUGAUUAUCUUAUGGCCCGAGCACGAUCGAGUUACUGUGGUCUUUUCCACCAAGUUUUUGGAAGAAGCAGACAGAAUAUUUGGCAAAGUAUUUUUACAAGAGUUCGUAGAUGCGCGUCGCCGCCCUUCUAUCCAAACUGCUCCACAAGUGUUGUUCUCGUACCGUGAUCCUCCUUUGGAAAUCCGCAAUGUUGGUGGAAUAAAAAACGAGCACGACGACACUGGAUUCGUAACCUUUGUCUUAUUUGAGCGUCAUUUCACCCCCCAAGUCCGGGAAGACUGUAUUUCGCACAUUCAAAUUUUCCGCAAUACAUUACAUUAUCACAUCAAGGCAUCCAAGGCCUACAUGCAUCAGCGCAUGCGUAAGCGUGUUGCAGACUUCCAAAAAGUACUAAACCGUGCUAAACCUGAUGUGAAAAUGGAAAGAAAAACUGCCAGCGGUCGAUCCUUUGCGCAUGCUUAA